AUGGAUUAGACUCACAAUAAAUUUUACUAAACUUGUAAAAAACAUUCACAAAAUUAAAUUAUCUUUCUUAAGGUUAUUAGCGAUUAAAGAGAUUCUUCAAUAUUUUAUUGCAUGGAUUGCGUAAAUGAAGAUUUAAGCUUUAGAGUGUUAGAUCAUAUAUUGGUUCCCUAGAUUUUUUCAUAAUCUGAAAAAAAUAUCAUUUAAAAAUGGCCUCCUGUCAAUGAUUACUCAAUACUAUAAAAAUUAAGCUAAGAAAUAUCAAAUGAUAAUUCUUCAAAUUCACCUAUUCAAUAAAUUAACCAUUUCUUUGAUGAGUUAAAAGUUGAAAUUAUUAAGAAAAUUGACUUCUGCUAAAAGAAAAUGAUCAAUUAGGCACUCGAUCUACCUUUAGGAAAAGAAUAAAUCCUCAACAAGUACAAAGAGAUUUCACAAAUAGAAACUUUAAGAUAAAUACUAGGCAGCUAUUAAGAUUAAUUUGAAAAUUAAGAAAUAAAAUGCAGAGCUUUUUUAUCUGAAAUUGAAUCCAAAAAAGAAGAAAAUACUCAGCAACUUCAAAAUCUACUUGAAUAGUGCCAGAGAAAAAAUUAAUUAAUUAAUAUUUAAAAAUCUAUGACUAUUAAACAAUCAAUCUAUACUUUAAUAGAUUCAAUUAAUUUCUUUCCAAACGAUUCCAAUUAAUUUAAUUAAAGCAAUAUCAAUCCUCUUAAUAAUCAAAAACUUAGUAGCACUUAACAAAUAAUUGAAUUAGUUUCUAAUAAAUCUAAUUUUUGUUCAUAGGAAUUUUUGGAACAAUUGAGAGUAAAUCUCGAAAAUUUAGAUGCAAUAUUUAAUUAAAUAUCUUUUGAGAAUAUGUUUUAGUAAAAUAAAUAGCCUAUUCGAUUUUAAGAAUUAAAUAAUUAAAAAGUUGAAGAAAUUAAUGAAUAUAUUGACCAUUUGAUAAAGUUGUAGAACGAUUAAAUUUAUAACUAAUAAAUUUAAUCUUCAGAGCUAUUAAGCAAAAUAUUUUAAGUUGUUGAUAGCAAAAUAAACUUCAUAAGCAGUGAUGUAAAAAUAUCAUUGAAAGAUAUUUUUGUUUAAAUAUAUCCUCUGCUAAACAAAUUGGGAGUCCAAGAAAUUUUCAGCAGUCAAGGAGAAUUUGAAUUAGUUAAAAAUAUAUCUGAUGUAAUGCUUUAAGAUUUUAUAUUAAUUUUAAAGAAAAAACAAGAGAUAAAUAUUUAGAAUACUUAUUACCAAAGUAUUUCAAAUUUUAUCAAAUAAUAAGUAGAAACCAAAUUUCCAUUAUUAGAAAGAAAUGAGUUAGAAAGGGUUCUUCAAAAUUUUCCAGUAUUUGAUAUUGUAUAAAAAAAAACUAAUAAAUAAAUAGAUAUUUUAAAAAAUUUUGAAAUGAUUAAAACAAAUUUAAAUGAUGGAAAAAAGAAAAUUCAAAUAAUAAAAAACUUAAACUCAACCUAUGAAAUAUUUACAAAUUAAUAAUAAUAAUUAUUUGGAUUAUUUAAUAGUAGUUAUUUAAAUUGUAUUUCUAGUAAUAUACUAGAAAAAGACAAAAAAUAUGUCAUUAGAAUUCAAUUAGAAGUUACAGAUCAAGAUGAACAUUAUUUCUAUAUUGGUUUGAUGUAAAAAUCUUAAUCAGAUUUAAUUAUAGGAUAUGAUCAAAAUCUCUCAUGUUAAUUUAAUAAAACAAGAGGAUAAUUUGAGCAUAUUGUUGGAAAGGGAAUAGAUAAGUAUAAGAAAGGAAAUAAAUUAGUUUAUUAAGAUGAUUAUAAAUUAAUAUUAGAAUUACGAGUAUGUUUAGGAGGUAAGGUAUUGUAAAUUUUAGACUAUCCUAAAUAUGAGUAUUUAUUAGAGCUAGAUGAUAAAUUCAAAAAUAAAUUGAUUGAAUAUGAUGAUCUUUGUUUAUAUUUAUAUUUAUGUAGAGAAAACAGAAAGUAUAUUAUUAAAGAAGCUUACUAAGUAGAUCAGUUUGAUUUUUGA